UGGGAUGGAAGGACGACAGCUGCUUGUGUAGAUGGCACACGAAAGGGAACGUCUUGUUUCUGAAGAAUCUAACCACGAUUAUGGCGCAUUCGUUACAGAUGAAAGCGGAAAGAGGCUGUGUCUUAACGCAACGCAAGAUGGCCGGGGCUCGAUCGAGAAACACCAAAAGCGGUUGGUUGAGGCCGUCUUGGUGUGCGCACUUUUCGUGAUCGUAAUAACCAUAACUUGGGGAGUGGUCAUCCUCCUUGCUAGGUCUGACCCAGUGACAGACCUGCCUCCGUCAUACUCGAAGGAAGGGCACUACACCCGAGCAGCUGUCAGCGCCGACUCCACAGUCUGUCCACCCAUUGGCAGGUCAGUUCUCGAGAAGGGAGGAUCCGCUGUGGAUGCUGCAGUCGCAGUGCUGCUCUGUCAAGGGGUCUCUGACCCCCUGCGGAGUGGUUUGGGGGGAGGUAUUUUCAUGCUGAUAUACCAGAGAUCCAGUCGCACUGUUCUCGCCUUGGACGCUAGCGUAUCUGUCCCUGCUAGGGCGUCCAGGGACAUGUUUCAAGACGAUACUACGAGGCAGGGUCGAGGAGGAUGGCUGGUCGCUGUUCCCGGAGAGCUAAUCGGUCUGUGGGAGGCGCAUAAGAAGUUUGGGGUUCUCCCAUGGUCGGAACUUGUGGAAACUGCAAUCCAACUGUGUGAACAGGGAGUUGCGAUGUCAGAAAACUUGGCAAAAUUUCUUCACAAAUUCCAGGACGUCGUCCUCGCUGACCCGGCGUUGAGGAAAACAUUUACCAGACCUGGAACUGGGGAGCUGUUGCAAGCGGGCGACGUGAUGAAGAACGUAAGGCUUGCGAGAACACUGCGGGUUGUCGCCACGCAAGGGGCAGAUUCAUUAUACAACGGAACUCUGGCGAAAGCUUUGGUCGAUGAUGUAAAGAGCUCUGGAGGAUUACUACGCAUGAAGGACCUCGCCAAAUACAAGCCAAGGUGGAGCAAAGCGGUGACCACAACUUUGCAGGCAGGAGGGCAGAAGCUGCAUAUGCACACCACGCCACCCCCAAGCGGGGGGGUUGUUGUGUCGCACAUUCUUAGCAUACUGGAAGGUUACAACAUGAGCAGUCAAGAUUUCGCCACUGUUUCGCGGCAAGUGACUACGCUACACCGCAUCGUCGAGGCAUUUAAGCUCUCCUUCGCCAAAAGACCGCUCCUAGGUGAUCCGGAAGACGCAGAUGUCAUUAAGGCAGUUCAAGACCUACUCUCCAAAAAGGUGGUUGAACAAGAAAGACAGAUGAUCAAUGACAACAAAUCAAUAUCAGACAUUACCUACUAUGGCCCACAGCUGGAAGAAGUUGAAGACUCAGCAACAACUCAUGUGUGUGUUCUUGCUCACAAUGGAGACGCUGUUUCAGUAACCAGCAGCAUGAGUGUCAAUUUUGGAUCAGGAUUUAUGUCCAGUAAGACAGGAAUAAUUUUGAAUAAUGUAAUGGAAAACGUCAAAGAACAAAAUAUAAUCAGCAAGCACGAAACAGUGACACCCAGUGCUAACUUUGUAUCACCCACGAAACAUUCCAUGUCCCCUGUGGCACCAUCAGUCUUUACAGAUGAAGCAGGUGAUAUAAGGCUUAUCAUUGGGGGUACUGGAGGAAUCAAGACCAUAACAUCUAUUGCUUAUGUCGCAAUACGAAACCUGUGGCUUGGAGACAGCGUGAAGACGGCAAUAGAUGCAAGACGCAUCCAUCAUCAGCUUAGUCCAAACAAGCUACAGUAUGAAUAUGGUUUAAUUAAACAACAAAUAGAAGGUUUGAAGAAACGACAACACAUUAUGGUACGGGUGAGAGACUGUUGGUCAUCUUUUGUUAAUGCUAUAGAGAAAAGAAUGAAUGGAAUGAUUAUUGCAAAUUCUGAUUAUAGGAAAGGGGGAACAGUUGAUGGGCUUGACUAA